AUUUCAUGAUGACUGGUGGCGAAAGUUCAAAAGAAGCGGCAAUAAAAGCGCCCGAAGAAACACCGUCAAAAAUGUUACGUCAAUUGUCAAGGGCCCUUGUUCAGCCUGCGUUAGACCAACACUUAACACCAUUGAGGCAAAGAGUUGGCACACCACGAAGACGAAGAGUUUCUACCCCACGUACGCCACGGACACGUCAAACUCCUAUUAUACAUCAAUCACCACGGACACGUCAAACUCCUAUUAUACAUCAAUCACCACGGACAC